AUGGAUAAAUGGGCAGCUUAUCAUCAAGCCCAACCAGCGGAAAACGUGGAUUGGGCGCAAUUAGCCAAACAAUGGAUGGCAAUGAAGGAAGCCGAGGAUAAUAGGGGACAACAACGAGACCAAAAUCAAUAUUCGCAAAAUAAUCGAGUUCCAUGGCAACAGGAUCAUCAAUGGGGCGAUUGGACGUGUAACACCUCUAAUCAAUAUCCGCCACCGCCGCGACAUUUCGCACCACCACCCCCGGGUGUUCCGCCUCCUCCACCUCCUCAGCAGAAUUCUAGUUCAUGGCGAGCUCCGCCGAAACCGAUGUUUCCUUCUGCUGCCGGCGCUCCUCCUCUCGAACCUCCUGUCGAGAAAUUUAAUAAUCAAUGGGGUCCACCGAGGGGACCACGUCCUUCGGCGCCGCCGCCGCCUCCAUUGUUCGCUGCAGGAGCUUCGAGACCAGAAUUCGAGAAUCCGGUGAUGGGACCAUCGAAUUGGUAUCCGCCUCCAAUGGAGGGACCAUCCCGACGACCUCCACCGCCGGGUCCUCCGCCGGCAGACGCUCCGCCUGUUCGAUUCUUCGAUAAUCCGCGUCCAACGCCGCUUAUGGCUCAUCCGAUAGCCGCACCGCCGAUCGAUCCGAGUGCCCCGAUUUGCUAUCCGACUGUUCCCGAUGAAUCGCCAAUGUUUGUGAUGGACGCAGCGGCUAGGAAGAAGCUUCCCGCGUGGAUCCUUGAAGGUCUCGAAAAGGCCGAAAAGGAAAAGCAGAAGCAGCAGGAAAGAGAGGAGAAAUUGAAGAAGGCUGAAGAAGAACGAGCGAAACGACGCGCCGAAUCGGGAAAAAGCAAAUUUGACAGUUCCAGUGAUGAGGAAGACGACGAAUCUCCAAAGAAGAGUUGGAAGAAUGAUGGUGAGCCACCAUUCUCGGGACGAAACGAAGAAAGUGACACGGACGAUACGGAAGAGCGACGAGAGGCGUUUAUGCGCUGUGUCAAAGGUCUCAUGAUGAAUGUCCUAAUGGAAGCAACAAACGAGGAAAUUAUGCGAGUCGUCCAGGAAUCGCUUCGAGAGCACCAAAAACGCAAGAAAGAACGCCUUUCGAAAGCAGCCCCACAAAUUGUCACAAAUAGUUCGGCACUCGCUGCAUUGGCUGCAUUUGGUGAUGGUGAUGAGAGUGAUGAUGAAAGCAGCGAUACGGAAUCGCCGACGACGAGUCGAUCGCAUCGUGGGGGACGAUUCAACGGAGGCGACGGAAGCGGCGAUGAGAACAAUUCGAGAGCGCGAGCCGAAACGGACGACAAUUUUAAGGCACCCGUGGGCGAUCAUGGUGCGAUGAACGAAUCGGGAGAUUUUGCGAAGAGCAAGGAUGAUAGAGAUCCAGAGAGUCUCGUCGAAGAUCGCGCAGUCGUAGCCGAGAACGGAAGCGUAGUCGAAGCGGAGAGAGGAAGAAGAAACGAUCAAGAAGUCGGAAGAGGAGUCGAUCGCGUGAACGGAAGCGUAGUAGGUCCAGAGAGCGGCGAAGGGAUCGGAGAUAGGUGGGAAUUGUAA